GUGCCUUUCACCUCGUACUAACCCCUCAUCCAGCCUACAUCAGACAGCCUCACAGGAUGCUGAGCUGAGAGGCGUUAAGGACUUCUCGGCAACAACAGGUACUUGAGACAUUCGCAAAAAUGGUUGGGUUUUUCCAAAUGUUGAGGAAGAAAAAGGAGUUGAUCCCUCUCAUAGGGUUCAUGGCUUUUGCUGCAACAGGAGCAACCUCUGCUGCAAUCUACUUUCUGUUUACUAAACCUGAUGUUAUUUUGAAUAAGACCAGAAACCCAGAACCAUGGGAGAGAGUGGACCCAUCAAAACCUCAAAAGCUCAUCACCAUCAAUCAGCAGUGGAAACCAGUGCAGGAGCUGGAGCUGGUGAAGAAUCUCACCAAGUAAAUAAAAGGCAGGCAUCUGCCUGAAAGAUCCACAGUGUGACCAACCAACCUGCCUGCCCCCCCAUCAGUCUAACAGAAUCCUUUCCGCACAAACUAGGAUGCUUUGACAGUCAGUGUGCGGAAAUGCUUCUGCUCCACUGGUGGGGUUUCACCCGGCUCUGGACAUCCAUCCAUAACUGUAGAAAACUGUCAUAACAGGUAGCCGUGCUGCCAUGAAGUGUAAAAGACUAACUAGCUGUGAUCACAGAUAGGGAGCAACAUUUACACUGAUAAGCUGUGGUGUUUAAUUGCUGUUAAUGAAGUUGUGAAGAGUGUCUAAAUAUAAAAGACAUAGAAUGUAAACUCUGUAAGUGAAGUACUGUACAGUGUCAAUAAAUUAUUGUUGUAAACAUA